AUGCCGCUCUUCACGUCUUCCUCGGACGCGAAGCCUCCUCAAACCCCGACCAGUCCCCAGAGGACCUCUAGAUCCGACUCUCUCUUCCCCUCUGCCCCCUCCGCCGGUGGUGCCGUUGCCUACGUGCAGAAUGAGCAGCAGCCCGCCCAGUCCGCCCAGUCGUCAAUCGCCCCCGCGGUGAUCCCUCCCGCCUGCGCACAGAUCACAGAGGACUCUGGCAGGUCAAUUCUCCUCGAGCUCGAAGAUGGAGCCAUCUACCACGGCCUCAGCUUCGGCGCCGAGAGGAGCGUCGCCGGCGAGCUGGUCUUCCAGACCGGCAUGGUGGGCUACCCGGAGUCCAUAACGGAUCCCUCCUACCGCGGUCAGAUCCUCGUCGUCACGUUCCCCCUGGUCGGCAAUUACGGUGUUCCGUCCCGCGAGACGAUGGACGAGCUGGCGAAGGACAUCCCCAAGCACUUCGAGUCCAGCCAGAUCCAUAUCGCUGGUCUGGUCGUGGCCAGCUACUGUGGAGAGGACUACUCCCACUUCUUGGCCGAGAGCUCCUUGGGCAAGUGGCUGAAGGAACAGGAUGUGCCUGCGAUCUACGGUGUUGACACUCGUGCUCUCACAAAGAGAAUCCGCGAGGAGGGUAGCAUGCUUGGCCGCAUGAUGCUCCAAAAGUCUACAAGCGGCAAAGACCUAGUCAAUGGCGUCCCCACUACCGCUGACGGCGAGGAUGCUGAGAUGUGGCGGGAGAAUUUUGAAGAAAUCGCCUGGGUAGAUCCCAACAAGAGAAAUCUUGUCGAUGAGGUCUCAAUCAAGGAGCCUCGCCUGUAUACCCCUCCAAAGGCUGGCUUACUUCAUCCUUCAGGCCGGCCUGUCCGAGUUCUCUGUGUCGAUGUUGGUAUGAAAUAUAACCAACUUCGAUGCCUCCUUGCCCGUGGUGUUGAGGUCCUCGUCGUGCCUUGGAACUAUGACUUCCAUGCACUCGCAAAGGACUACGAUGGUCUUUUCGUGUCCAACGGCCCUGGUGACCCGGCCAUGGUAUCCUCCACCGUCACAAACCUUGCAAAGGCCCUGGAAGAAUGCCGGACACCAAUCUUUGGUAUCUGUCUCGGCCAUCAGCUCCUCGCUCGAGCCGCCGGCGCAGGCACCACUAAAAUGAAGUUCGGCAACCGUGGUCAUAACAUUCCUUGCACAAGCUUGCUGUCAGGCCGUUGCUAUAUUACCUCUCAAAAUCAUGGUUUCGCCGUGGACUCAUCGACGCUGCCCGAAGGAUGGGAAGAGUUGUUUGUCAAUGCCAAUGACGGAAGCAAUGAAGGUAUCAGACACGUCUCUAAGCCUUACUUCAGUGUUCAGUUCCACCCGGAGAGCACGCCUGGCCCUCGGGAUACCGAGUUCCUUUUCGAUGUCUUCAUUAAUACUGUGAAGAAGAGUAUCGAGUGUCCUUCUGGCUUGAACGAGCCGGUCAAUUUCCCUGGUGGCACCAUUGAAGAGAACCGGGCCGCCCACCCCAGAGUCUCGGUUAAGAAGGUUCUCAUUCUGGGCAGUGGUGGCUUGAGUAUUGGUCAAGCCGGAGAAUUCGACUACUCUGGCAGUCAGGCCAUCAAGGCUCUCAAACAAGAAGGAAUCUACACCAUCCUGAUCAAUCCGAACAUCGCGACCAUCCAAACGUCCAAGGGUCUCGCCGAUAAAGUCUACUUCUUACCCGUCAAUGCUGAUUUCGUACGAAAGGUCAUCAAGCAUGAGCGUCCUGAUGCUAUUUACGUCACCUUUGGUGGACAGACCGCCCUUCAGGUGGGUAUACAGCUCAAAGACGAGUUUGAAGAGCUCGGCGUCAAGGUCCUCGGUACCCCAAUUGAGACCAUUAUUACCACCGAAGAUCGUGAGUUGUUCGCUAGAAGCAUGGAGUCUAUCGGAGAGAAGUGCGCCAAGUCUGCAUCUGCAUCUACCCUCGAAGAGGCUAUGGAGGUUGUCAAAGGCAUUGGCUUCCCCGUUAUCGUCCGUGCCGCGUACGCUCUCGGUGGUCUUGGAAGUGGCUUUGCGGACAAUGCAGAGCAACUUCGCGAUCUUUGCGCCAAGGCAUUCGCCGCCAGUCCCCAGGUCCUCAUUGAGAAGAGUAUGAAGGGUUGGAAAGAGAUCGAGUACGAGGUCGUUCGUGACGCACAAAACAACUGUAUCACUGUUUGCAACAUGGAGAACUUCGAUCCCCUCGGUAUCCACACUGGCGAUUCCAUUGUCGUUGCUCCUUCACAGACCCUUUCGGACGAGGAUUACAAUAUGCUCCGGACUACAGCGGUCAAUGUCAUUCGACAUCUCGGUGUUGUGGGUGAAUGUAAUAUCCAAUAUGCUCUGAACCCAUUCUCGAAGGAGUACUGCAUCAUCGAAGUCAAUGCUCGAUUGUCCAGAUCUUCCGCGCUUGCCUCGAAGGCAACCGGUUACCCAUUGGCUUUCAUCGCUGCCAAACUUGGCCUUGGUAUCCCAUUGAAUGAGAUCUCCAAUAGCGUCACCAAGGUUACAUGUGCCUGCUUCGAACCCUCCCUCGAUUACGUCGUGGUUAAGAUCCCUCGUUGGGAUCUGAAGAAAUUCACUCGCGUCUCCACCCAGCUCGGUUCUUCCAUGAAGAGUGUCGGUGAGGUUAUGAGUAUUGGCAGAACUUUCGAAGAAGCCAUCCAAAAGGCCAUUCGUGCCGUCGAUUACACUAAUCUGGGCUUUAACGCUACCAAUGCGCUGAUGUCCAUCAAGACUGAGCUCCAGACUCCAUCUGAUCAACGUUUGUUCGCUAUCGCAAAUGCAAUGCACUCCGGCUACACCGUUGAUGAUAUCUGGGAGCUAACCAAGAUCGACAAAUGGUUCUUACGCAAGCUUGAGGGUCUCAGCAAAUUUGGAAAAUUAAUCAGCACUUACUCCGCCUCUACUGUCCCUGUCUCCCUUGUCCGACAGGCCAAGCAGCUUGGUUUCUCCGACCGCCAGCUCUCCAAAUUCCUGAGCUCUAAUGAGUUGGCAAUCCGCCGCCUUCGUGUUGAGGCAGGUAUUAUGCCUGUUGUAAAACAGAUCGACACCGUUGCUGCUGAGUUCCCCGCUUACACCAACUAUCUCUAUCUUACGUAUAAUGGCUCGGAGAGUGACAUUUCAUUCAAUGACAACGGCGUUAUGGUUCUUGGAUCCGGUGUCUACCGGAUCGGUUCUUCCGUCGAAUUUGACUGGUGCUCCGUUAGGGCUAUUCGCACCCUUCGAGAGCAAGGACACAAGACGGUCAUGGUCAACUACAACCCUGAGACUGUUAGUACCGACUACGAUGAAGCUGAUCGUCUGUACUUUGAGAAUAUUACUUUGGAGACCGUGCUCGAUAUUUAUCAGCUGGAGUCCUCGAGUGGAGUCAUCAUUUCCAUGGGUGGCCAAACGCCAAACAACAUCGCGUUGCCCUUGCAUCGUUUGAACGUCAACAUCCUUGGUACCUCUCCCGAGAUGAUCGACGCUGCUGAAAACCGCUACAAGUUCUCUCGAUUGCUUGACCGCAUCGGCGUCGACCAACCAGCGUGGAAGGAACUCACCAGUAUUGAGGAGGCUACGGCAUUCUGUGACAAAGUCAAAUACCCUGUGCUUGUCCGUCCGUCCUAUGUUCUGUCUGGUGCUGCAAUGAACACGGUGUACUCCCAGGACGAUUUGGCCAACUACCUCAACCAAGCUGCCGAGGUCUCGAGGGACCACCCAGUGGUUAUCACAAAAUACAUUGAAAAUGCCAAGGAAAUUGAAAUGGAUGCUGUCGCAAAGAAUGGUGUGAUGGUCGGCCACUUCAUCUCCGAGCACGUCGAGAAUGCCGGCGUUCACUCUGGUGAUGCGACCCUCAUCUUGCCGCCACAAGAUUUGGACCCGGAGACCGUUCGUCGGAUCGAGGAAGCCACUCGAAAGAUCGGAAACGCUCUCAACGUCACCGGUCCAUUUAACAUUCAGUUCAUUGCCAAGGACAAUGAGAUCAAGGUUAUCGAGUGCAACGUACGAGCAUCGCGAUCAUUCCCGUUCGUUUCCAAGGUUAUGAAUGUCGAUUUGAUCGAGAUGGCUACAAAGGCAAUGAUUGGCAAGCCAUUCGUCGAAUACCCACCAGUGAACAUCCCAAAGAACUACGUCGGUAUCAAGGUCCCUCAAUUCUCCUUCUCGCGAUUGUCCGGUGCCGAUCCAGUCCUCGGUGUUGAGAUGGCAUCCACCGGUGAAGUCGCUUGUUUCGGUCGCGAUCGCUACGAAGCUUACCUCAAGGCCCUUAUUUCAACUGGCUUCAAGCUUCCGAACAAGAACAUCCUUGUUUCCAUCGGUUCUUACAAGGAGAAGAUGGAGAUGCUUCCUUCGAUCAGAAAACUUCACCAGAUGGGAUACAAUCUCUUUGCGACUGCUGGUACUGCAGACUUUAUUCGUGAGCAUGGUAUUCCAGUGAAGUACCUUGAACUUCUCGCCGGAGAAGAAGAGGAUCUGAAGUCAGAAUAUUCCCUUACUCAACAUCUUGCCAACAACUUGAUUGACCUUUAUAUCAACCUUCCAUCCAGCAAUAAGUUCAGAAGACCGGCAAAUUAUAUGAGUAAAGGUUAUCGGACUCGUCGUAUGGCCGUCGACUAUCAGACUCCUCUUGUGACGAAUGUGAAGAAUGCAAAGAUAUUGAUUGAAGCCAUUUCCCGCCAAUUUGAGAUGGCUGUCCAACCCAUUGACUUCCAGACCAGUCAUCGUACCGUGGUUCUCCCUGGUCUGAUCAACGUCGCCGCAUUUGUCCCUGGUGUUGCCAAUCCCGACUCGUCAGAUUUCCAAUCUGUGACCAAGGCCUCUAUCUCUGCAGGAUUUUCGAUGAUUCGUGUUAUGCCUGUUGGUGUUGACAGCUUCCUCACGGAUGCCCGUGCACUGAAAAUUGCACAGCACAAUAGUCAGAAGGGGACGUGGUGCGAUUACAACUUGUCCGUCGCUGCCACGACGUCCAAUGCGGAUCAGAUCGGUCAGGUCGCUGCUGACGUCGGCUCCUUGUAUAUCCCGUUUAAUCACUUGGCUGGAAACAUCAACAAGGUUGGCACUGUCACCUCCCACUUUGCUGCUUGGCCACCCACGAAACCGAUCAUCACGGAUGCCAAGGCAACUGAUCUCGCUUCGGUCCUGCUUCUUGCAAGCCUUCAUAGCCGGGACAUCCAUGUCAUGAGUGUUACUUCGAAGGAGGAUAUCAAUUUAAUUGCCCUGAGCAAGGAGAAAGGAUUGCGGGUCACCUGUGACGUUGCGAUUUACUCUCUGUUCCUCUCCACGGAGGACUACCCGCAAUGCACUCAUUUGCCAUCGAAAGAGGACCAGGAGGCUCUUUGGGAGCACUUGAGCACCAUCGACAUCUUCUGCAUUGGAGGUCUUCCGUAUGAACUUGCUGGAAAGGAAGCCAAGCCGGAGGUUGGAAUAGCGGACGCGCUUCCACUACUCUUGACUGCUGUUUCGGAGGGGCGCCUGACUAUUGAUGACGUUACUUCUCGACUCUACGACAACCCUAAGAGGAUUUUCGAGCUCCAUGACCAGCCUGAUGCCUCGGUUGAAAUCGAGGUCGACCGCCCAUAUGUCUUCCAGAGCGAAGGAGUCUGGUCUCCUUUCAACGACAAAACUCUUCGAGGAUCGGUUCAGCGAGUUACCUUCCAAGGUAAGACAUCUUGCCUUGAUGGUGAGUUGGUUGGCGAUGCUGCGCGUGGUACGGAUAUGUCAGCGCAUCGUCUUGCUCCUCCAGCAUCACCUUCUAUCAAGGAGCCGCCCAGGUCUCCUAGACGGGAUGUAUCCGUCGGACGACGCCUUUCCUUCUCCACAACGCCUGUUGCUCGCUCAUCGCGCUUGAGACCGUCGGACGCCGCUAUCACCUCGCCUGGGAACGAGUUGGGCCCUCCAUUGUAUACCCAACUACUAAGCGUCCCGACAGCGUCUCCAUCUUUGAUGGAACUGCUUGCUCAGUCUUCCUUCAAGCAAAAACAUAUCCUGUCGGUGAACCAAUUUAAUAGAGCGGAUCUUCACCUUCUGUUCACCGUUGCGCAGGAAAUGCGAUUGGGUGUCCAGCGGCACGGCGUUCUUGAUAUCCUCAAGGGACGGGUUCUGUCAACAUUGUUCUAUGAGCCUUCUACCCGCACAUCGGCCUCCUUCGAUGCAGCCAUGCAACGCCUUGGUGGCCGCACCGUUGCCGUUGCUACUGAGCAUUCGUCAACUCAGAAGGGAGAGUCACUUCAGGACACUGUUCGCACCCUCGCUUGCUACGCCGAUGCGAUUGUUCUUCGCCACCCGCUCGAGAGCAGCGCUGCCACCGCUGCUAGAUUUUCUCCGGUUCCUAUUAUCAACGGUGGUAAUGGAAGUAUGGAGCAUCCUACCCAGGCUUUCCUUGACCUCUUCACUAUCCGAGAAGAAUUGGGCACUGUCAGCGGCAUCACGGUUACUUUCAUCGGUGACUUGCGCUACGGCCGCACGGUGCACUCCUUGAUUAAGUUGCUCCAGUUCUACGAGGUUCGCGUACAACUGGUGGCCCCUAAGGAUCUUGCUCUCCCUGAAGAUGUCCGCCAACACCUCGUCACUUCUGGCCAGCUUGUUCUCGAAACCGAAGAGCUGACUCCCGAGGUCGUUGCUCGCUCUGACGUGUUGUACUGCACCCGCGUACAAAAGGAACGCUUCGAGGACCUGAAGGAGUACGAGCGACUCAAGAAUAGUUUCGUUGUGGAUAACUCUGUGCUCAAGCAUGCGAAGAGCCAGAUGGUUGUGAUGCACCCUCUUCCAAGAAACGCAGAGAUUGGUGAAGAGGUGGACUUUGAUCAGCGGGCUUCGUAUUUUAGACAGGCUUCUCUGCUUACUACCAGGACUGAUGACAACGAUGACGAUGAUGAUGGCCUUGUAUAUAGCAAAUAUGCUCCGCACAUGGAUAUAGCUACGGAGUACAUAGAUACAACAUAA